AUGGUAAGAAAAAGCUUCUACCACUGGUCUGAAACUACCGAUCUUAAAAUUGAAUUUUCAAGAUGGUCACUCGAAGAACAGAGAAAAGAUGAAGAACUCAACAAAAAAGUUGCUAUGUGUGCUCAAUUCAAAAUCAUUACUAAUGUCACACAAUCUUCAGCACCAGGGAGUGUUUUAAAAGAAGGUGUUCAGGUUAUUAGUUGUGGGUAUGAUGACGAAACCGACUGGGGUAGUGAGAUUGGGUGGAUUUACGGUUCUGCGAUGGAAGAUAUUCUUACAGGAUUCAAGAUGCAUGCACGCGGUUGGCGAUCGAUAUAUUGUAUGUCACCUAGACCGGCCUUUAAAGGUUCUGUACCUAUAAACCUGUCGGAUUGUUUAAACCAAGUGCUCAGAUGGGCUUUAGGGUCGAUUGAAAUCCUGUUCAGCAGACAUUGGCCAAUUUGGUAUGGUUAUAGUGGAAGACUAAAAUGGCUCGAAUGUCUUGCGUACAGAAACACAACCAUUUAUCCAGUCACCGCAAUUCUGCUUCUAGUCUACGACCCAAAUUUAAGGCAAGUUAUAACAGCCCGUCGUUUACUUCUAUCGAGAAAUCAAGACAUAUCUAUCCAAGGAGCGAUUAGGUUGUGGUUUUGCUUCAAAAUGUAG